AUGUCCAAUAUGAACAGGCCUACACCCCAGGCCAUUGACACUCAGUCUUCCAAUGCACUCAAGCGUGUAGGACACAAGCUUGUUAGCUUUUUGUCGCCGAAGAAGUCGAGUUUCUCUCCUACAAGUCCAGAAAAGACCCAGAAGCCGCUGCCUCCAUUUGAGCCCCAGAAAUUACUGGCAUCAGCGGCUGUACUUCCCGAAUUCACGCGAGAUGAGCCAUACAGGGAUCCAGACGAGCGCGACCUUCAUCUGAAAAGAGACGCAAGAGUGGAUACGAUCGAUGGUAUCAAUUACCUGUGGACAGACCUCUAUCUCGAAGGCAAAUCUGUGGGCCACUUUUAUUGCCGCCAGGAGCCGCGUCUAUACCCUGAAUGCUUCUUUCCAGGCAUGAUCAUCUGGGUAACACAUAGUGUGUUCCAAAACAAUCGUAAUGCUGUACCUGGAGAUCCGCUCAUUGCUAUAACCAAACAGGCACCGUUGUAUGCAAAGAUGCGACCAAUGAUAGUGCUGUAUCCUACGGUCAGCGGGCUCUGCUGCGCACCCAUGUUCAGUCUCAACAGGAGAGAUUGGAGUGGUGAGAAGCAAUAUGAGUACUUCAGCAUCACUGAGGAGGGUGACGAUUGGGAAGGUGAAACACAGUGCUAUGGCGUCCUCGAAUUUCGACCUCAUGCCGGGAGACGAAGAGUGUUGAAACCAAGGACUUUCGUCAGCCUACAUCAAACAAUGUAUGUCAGUACACGGGAGUACGUCGAGACUGAUUUGGGAUACCUUCCGGGAGACCAAUACAAUCGACUGAUCAUCGCUCUCGACUUUUAUCAAGAGACGCGUAAACAGAUUGCCUAUAUUUACUUCCAGGAACAAUACACGAACCGAGGCGUAAAGCUGCUUGCUGGUGGUGAUGUUGGCCAGCAUGAGAAUGAAGAGGUGUCAGUACAGGAUGGAAGGAUGCGCUACUUUCAACCUGAGAGAGAUGAUCGCACAAUGGUCUGGUCUCUUGGUAAGAAGAAGCAGCCACUCGUUCCUGAAGAAGAAACAAUUACAAGCACUCGCCAUAUACACAUCACUAGAACCAUCACGAACUCUGCCAGCACUAUCUAUGCUGUGCGUAUGGGUUCAUCCACUGUGUACAUGGAGUACCUCCCCGCUACCAUGAUGGCCAAAUCAGUUCCGUGGCAAGCAAUACCCGCAACACAUCUCGAGCUGCGCUCAGAAGCAACCAGUACGAUGCAUAUCAAGGUCACUCAAACUGUAGCUCAGGUCCAAUCCACAAUAUUUGCCAGCAAAAUUGGGACCUCGGUGUCGACCAUCACGAAUGCUCCACAAUCUCUGAUUGAUGAGGCUGCAAAGGAUGCAGCAGAGUUGUCGUCCUCGCAAAUGGCGGCAGCAGUUUCAUCCGCUCAGGCUGAUGCACUGACGCACUCUACUGUUGCAUUGCUAGCAGGCACUGUUUCAUCUGCUGGCACAGCACCAUCAUCCGCUGCCCAAUCGUCCACCCAACCUGAGCCCCCACAAAACACGAACUCGAGCUCUGUAUCGGCAUACACCGCGCCUCUGGCUGCUGGCUCGAAUGAAGGCAGUAGCAGUAGCGAUACGGCGAUACCAAUAGGUCUUGAGCUUCGAUCUAAUGCAGGAGCAACAACGGCUGGUCAACAACAGGCAACAAUGACAGAAGCGCCAGCUACGGUGGUUGCUGUGAUCUUUGGCUCUUCAACAUCAAUCAUGACAUCGGUACCUCCAUCUCUGCUAGCUGGCAUUGCUUCCUCGCAGAUCUCAGCCACAUCAACUAGCGCCGCAUCCACAGCCAUCGACGCCAAUGCGGCUCAAGUCAAAAGCACACAAACGGCUUUGAUCCAAUCUUCUUCUGACAGCGAUGAAGCCACUGUUACCAGCUCAGCUGUAUCCUCCUCGGCGACAACUAAGGGAUGCUUCGGAGAGUGUUCCUCAAGCACAUCAAGUUCACAACAAGUAGUGUCGUCGAUUUCUGCAUCGUCUACCAGCAACAAAGUCUACACCAUUCCCGUCACCAUAAGUAGCGCAACUUCCACUUCCUCUGUCGAUAGCGCUUCUACACCUGCGUCUACAGCAGCAGAUAUUGCCGCCGACAAUGCAGCCGGGGCUUCAGGAGGCGACUCUGGCAGUUUCCAACUCAGUAAAGAGGGCUUUGCAGCAAUCAUCAGUGUCGUCUCCAUUGGUGUUGGUCUAGGCAUCCUUUUCGUGAUCGCAAGACGCCGUCAAUGGAAAGUGCGUCAAUCCAUCGUGCGCGCCUCUCGCCGCAUCACCGGCCGCUUCUCUUCCCAUCCAAACAGAACAGCAUUGCGAUCUGAGAAAGAACCAACCUUGCCAAUCAUCGAACCGCGUCAACCCAUGGGUCCUCGCCCUGCACCGUCCAGUAGACGUCAACAAGGCUUUGCUAACAUUGAUGCUACAUUACACACCAAUUACCGAGGGGUGGAGACUGUAGGAAGAAGUGCAUCUAGAGGGCCAGAGGCAUGGAGAAAAGCAAUGGCCAAGGAGAGAUUGCAGCAGAGUCAAAGUCAGAGGAAGAAACCUGAGUUGAGGGUUGAUACUGGUGUGGCAUCCAGGAUGGAAGAGGGGAGAGGUGUGCAAGGAGGACAAAAGAAAAGAGGGGAUUGGAAGGACCUGUUCAGAGCCUUGUGA